AUGGAAAUUGAGGGGGGCAUCCAAAGCAGCAGCAGCGGCAGCAGCAGCAGCAGCAGCAGCAGCAGCCGGACAAAAGCCCGCAUCUGCCGUGCUGCUCGAGUUAGCAUCUUUCUGCUGGCCGCCUCAGCAGCACACAGUCUUCUUUGCUGCUUCGAGUUGCUGCCGUUUGUCUCGCUGCUGCCUCAGCAGCAGCAGCAGCAGCAGCUGACGCAGCUGCAGCCGCUGCUGCAGCAGCAGCAGGCCAGCCCGCUCUACCCCCCUGGAGCUGCUGCUGCUGGCAGCAAAGAGCAGCAGCAAGACCUCCACAAAGAAGAGCAGCGCCACAAGAGUAAGGGCUCUGACGCGCAGCAGCAGCGCCGUCUUCAGCAGCAGCAGCAGCAGCAGCAGCAGCAGCAGCAGCAGCAGCAGCAGCGGCUCCGGAAGGAGGCCGAAAGGCAGCCGCGCAGCGCCGCCAGUGCAGCAGCAGAAGCAGGUGAAGCAGCAGCAGCAGAGGCGGCAGAGAGCGGAGCUGCAGCAGCAGCGGCAGCAGCAGAUGCUGCGGAAGAAGCUUCAGCAGCAAGCGGGGCAGAUGACGCAGCAACAGCAGCAGCAGCAGCACAAGCGGCAGCCGCUGCAGCAGAAGCCGCCGCCGCCGCCGCCGCCGCAGCAGCAGCAGCAGCAGCAGACGCAGCAGCAGCCGACGCAGCGGGCGCGGCAGCAGCAGCAACAGCAGCAGCAGCAGUCUCGGAGCCCGCCAGCUGGCUGCCGUGGCUGCUGCUGCUGCAGCAGCAACCCGACGCCUGUGCUGCUGCUGCUCUUGUCUUUCAGGGCCUGGGGGCCCUGUGGGGCGGAGUGCAUGCAGAUGGGCCCCUGGGGCGGGUGGGGACGCUGCAGCGGGGUUUGCUGCUGCUGGCAGCAGCAGCAGCAGCAGCUGGCAGCAGCUUGCUGCUCCUCCUCGUCCACCUGCAGCACGCGGCCGCGCCCGCAGCAGCAGCAGCAGCAGCAACCGCUGCUGCUGCUGCUGCAGUGACUGGCCCAGGGCUCCUCCCGCAGCCGCUCUUCGGGCCCACACCCUCCCCAGCAGCAGCAGCAGCAGCAGCAGCAGCAGCAGCAGCAGGGGGAGACCGAGUUGGAGGAACGGGCGUCUUGGCGUCGGCCUGCCGCAGGCGGUGCAGCUGCAGCAGCAUCAGCAGCAGCAGCAGCAGCAGCAGCAGGAACCUGCUGAGUGCACACACCAGCGCAGAGGCGACCCCAGCACCGGAAACUGCAGCAGCAGAAGCAGCAGCAGCAGAAGUUCUAGCAGCACACCGCACGUUGCCUUCUUUCCAGCAGCAGCGGCAGCAGCAGCUGCAGCAGCUGCAGCAGCAGCAGCAACGUAGCAGCAGAGUGUCUCCCUCGGAGAACUCCGCGCGCAGUCUGCUGCAGCCUUUGCUGCGCCACCCUGCAGCUCUGCGAUCACCAGCAGCAGCAGCAGCAGCAGCAGCAGCAGCAGCGGGGGAAGGGGCAGCAGCAGCAGCGGGAGAAAGCCCCGAGGGUUUCUCUGGGGCGUCGUCUGCUGCAGCGCACCUGCUGUCCCCCACGGCUGGGCCAGGGGCGGCUGCUGCCCAGCAGCUGCAGCAGCAGCAGCAACGUAGCAGCAGAGUGUCUCCCUCGGAGAACUCCGCGCGCAGUCUGCUGCAGCCUUUGCUGCGCCACCCUGCAGCUCUGCGAUCACCAGCAGCAGCAGCAGCAGCAGCAGCAGCAGCAGCGGGGGAAGGGGCAGCAGCAGCAGCGGGAGAAAGCCCCGAGGGUUUCUCUGGGGCGUCGUCUGCUGCAGCGCACCUGCUGUCCCCCACGUCCGCCCAACGGCAGCAGCAGCAGCAGCAGCAGCAGCAGCAGCAGCAGCAGCGGCAGCGGCAGCAAGAGCUGCUGCAGGCGCUGUGGACAGGGCUGGGCCAGGGGCGGCUGCUGCAGGCCGCAGGGCCCUGCUACAAAGCGCUGCUGCUGCAGACCCCUCGUGCUGCAGCAGGAGUGUGUCUUCCUGCUGCUUUGAUUGCUGCUGCUGUUUAUUCUCGGGGGGUUUACCGGCUGCUGCUGCUGGACGCGUCGGUGGCGCAGCAGGGGGCUGCUGCUGCUGCUGCUGCUGCUGCGUCGGGCGGCCCCGCAGCAGGCGCUGCUGCAGUAGCAGCAGCAGCAGCAGCGCUGCAGCGCGCAGUGGCUCUCAAGUGCAGCGGGAGUUUGCUGCUGUGUCUGCUGCCGUUCUUCAUGGGCCGCUACUUCCCGCCGCAGCCGCUGCAGCUGCUUGCAUGCACUGCAGCAGCAUUUGUGUCUUUUGCUGUUGCACUUUCUUUGGAAGCAGUUAGUGCUGUUUUUCCUGCUGCACCUCCCGUGUCUGCUGCUGCUUCUGCUGCGCUGCUGUACGAGUGGCUCUACACUUCUCCCAACUUCGCCACUUGUCUUGCUGCUGCUUUUCUCCCGCUGCAGUCUUUCCACACUGCAGCACGCGGCGGCGCUGCUGCUGCUGCUUUUGCUGCCGGCCGCGCUGCUGCUGCAGCGGGGCUGCUGCUGCUGCAGCGCUGCUGCACCUACGCCUGUGCUGCGGAUGUCUGCUGCGCUGCCCGCAUUGCCAGCUUCUUCAGCUGCUGCUGCCUCGUUGCUGCUGCAGCAACUACGCUGCUCUUCACGCCCCACGUCCGCGUCUCCUCCGCUGCUGCUGCUGCAGUUGCUGCUGCGGCGGCUGCUGCUGCCGCAGCAGCAGCAAACCCCCCCGCGGUGCCGCUGCUGCAGCAGCAGCAACACACCUACAAGCAGCUCCCACACCAAGAAGUGACGCAACCCACAGAGGGAGACUCUUCACGCACUCUCCGCAGCCAGCAGCAGCAGCAGCACGAGCAGCAGCACCAAGAAGUGCUGCUGCUGCUGCAGCAGCAGCAGGCAGUCGUGCCGUGGGCAGACCUGCCCAGAAGUAACAGCAGCAACAGCCCCCAGGAAAGCAGCGCGACCCCCCCUAAUGCAGCGCAGCAGCAGCAGCAGCAGGCGCUGCAGCAGCAGGCGCUGCAGCAGCAGGCGCUGGAGCAGCAAGUGCUGCAGCAGCAGCUGCUGCGCGGAGACACAACAAAAGGAAUGGUCGGAGUUCUUGACGGCCUCCACGAGGCUUUUCUAUCGCAGCGCUUAUCGUCGGCUCCUUCGAGCCCGCCGCAGCAGCAGCAGCAGCAGCAGCAGCAGUAG